AUGAAGGUCUUUUCCAACACAGAAACCUUCAAUUACUCAUGGGAAGAGGUAUCGACUGCCAACUGGCGGAAGUACUGCCCAUGGAACGAGAAGUCGACGCACGUUGUCGCCGUCGAUACCAUCAGCCGCAGCGUUGACCCUGCCACCGGCAUCCUGCGCACCGAGCGCCUCAUCACCUGCCGUCAGGCUGCUCCGGAAUGGCUCAAGAGCAUGAUGGGCGGCGGCAUGGACGAGUCGCAGGUGUUUGAGACUUCAUACGUCGACCCCAAGACCAAGACCGUUACCAUGGUCUCCACAAAUAUCACCUGGAGCAACUUGCUCAACGUCCAGGAGACCGUCGUCUACUCGCCCCUCUCCGACCACCAGACCAAGUUUCACCAGGAGGCCCAGAUCACCGCUCUGGCUGGUGGCUGGCAGCGCAUCAAGAACAGCAUCGAGGACACCCUUGUCAAGAGGUUCCGGGAGAACGCGGCUAAGGGCAAGGAAGGAUUCGAGUCCGUGCUGGCCAUGAGCAGGCGCGUCUUUGCCGAGGAAAGGGAAAGGGAGAAGAUGGGCCUCAUCAGGGAGCAAGCUGGGAACAUCCGCAUGGCUGCCUAAGUCUCUCCUUACGAUCCGAGAUUGCUUUGACAUGCUCGAUGAAUUUCUGCAUCGUCGGGGCAAUUGAGCGACGGCACCAUCAUCACACAUAUUGGCAGCAGCAAUGCCGGCA